AUGAAGGAACGGGUUGAUCUCAAUAGCAAUGGCCUUUGUAUCGAAUCUAGUGGCCGAAUUCUUAAAAACGGGAAGUGGGUUAAACGAUAUAUUUUAUGCAAAAAGCCUAAUGAUGUCAGUGUUCCAAUAUUGUACGUUUAUAAAUCGAAAAAGGAUCGUCAAAGUAAUAACUCAAAAACUUCACUCGUACUACAAAACUAUGUUGGUUUCGAAAGUGGGUUCGAGCUGAAAAAAAGUCAACACACACUUGCUUUACUAACUUUAGAGGAUAUUGUCGUUAUUUCAUUCCUUCUUCCCGAAAGCCUUGUGGUUUGGGAAACGUGGUUGCGAUCAACAUGUGGAACAAGAGAGCAAGUAGCAGCCCAUCCCCCUACCCAGCUGUAA